AUGAGUAAGAGGAUCAGUCUGAGCAAACCCUCGACAUUCAAUGGUAAGGGGGAACCAUCAAAACUCGAGCUCUGGUUAAGGGAAUUUGACAAACUUUUUGAUGUGGUUGAAUGCCCAGAGGAACUGAAGGUCAACCAGGCUGCGUUUUAUUUGGUUGGUGAAGCCGACUAUUGGUGGGCAAAUAGUAGAUCUGGGUUAUUAGAACAAACUAAUGGAGUCUGUAAUUGGAAUUUGUUUAAAAGGGCUAUGCGAGAUAAAUUAUACCCUUUGCACGUGAGAAAAGAUAAGUCAAACGAGUUCGCUCGUUUGGAGAUGGGAGACAUGACUGUUGAUGAAUAUUACCGAAAGUUUAUGGAAUAUAUUCAGUACUGUCCUGACGAUGUUCCCACUAAGGAGAAAAAGAUGCAGCGAUUUGAAUUGGGAUUGUCAUAUGACAUUCAAAAACAUAUUGAGAGCGACCGCUAUAACACCUUGGAACAGAUGUACAAGCGUGCGUCUCAAAUAGAGAACAUUCUGAGGAAGGAGAACAAAAAAGAGAAUGGUAAGGACCCUGAGAAGAGGAAGGAUAUUGCAAGCCAGACAUCAGGGUUUUCGUCGGACUUUUAUCAAAAGAAAGCUAGAACUUUCGGAAAUUUUCAGGGAAGUAGAUCUAGUACAAAUUCUGGGUUUAGGGGAGACGUGAAGCCUGCUAAGCCAUUACUGGACCGAGACGGCAAUGAAAGGAAAUAUUUCUGUAGAAGAUGCAGGGGAAACAAUCCUGGAAAGAAUUGUGAUGGGAAUUUGGUUGAAUGUAAUUUUUGCCACAAGAGGGGACAUAGGGAGUAUAAAUGCUACAUCAAGAAAGGGAGUGGGAGUCAACAGCCGGGUGGGCAGCACCGGCAGCAGAAUUUGAAUAACUCCGAAAGGCAAGUCAACCUGCAGUGCGAAAAUGGUAAUCAUGGAAACACUGCUCAGAGGUUUCAGCGACCUAUUAGUAGGGGACAAGGCCGGGUGGAUGGAAACCGAAUCGAAGGGUCAGGUAUGCAACGUGGGGGUAAUCAAGUGGAAGGAAUAAAUGCACAGCCGUUUGGUGGACGGGUAACUGCGGUCAGUGCAAGGGAAGCUGACCAAGCAACGGAUGUAGUUACAAUGGCUGUUCAAUCGGGAAGAUUGUACAAUUGUGAUAGAUUGUACAAGGAAGUGCCCUUAAGAAUAGGGAAGGUCAUUUUUCCUGGUGACUUGUAUGUGUUAGAUAUGGAAGGCUUAGAGGUAAUUUUAGGGAUGGACUGGUUAGGAAAAUUUAAAGCCACUAUAGAAUGUAGGGAGCAGAGAGUGACGCUAGAAGGACCAAGAGGGGAAAAGCCAAGGGGGAAAGAAGAAGGAGGACCCCAAGGAUAUUGCUGUAGUGAAUGA